UUUUAAACCUUAAUUCAUCUUAUACUACUCUCUGAUCAAGACACAUCUAGUUGAGUUUUGUUACUUUGAUGAGAUUUAAUAAUAAAUAAUUUAAAAAAAAAUAAUUUUUACAAAACAAAAUUUAAAAAUAUAUAAGAAAAUAUUAAAUAAAUAAAAUAAUUAAAUAAUUUAAAACUAAUUUAAAUAAAAAAUAAAGAGCAGCAGUGAAUAAAGCAAAAAAAAACAAACAAACUUAAAGCAACAGUGGAAAAAAGUCUAAGGUUACCCACGUAAAUGAACUGAAUUGGAACACACUCGCAAAACAAAGAGAUCAUACAGAUCAGCAACAGCUCCCAGUGGGAAACAUACAUAUACAUGCAUACACACAUACUUACGUUAGCGUUAAUUCAUUUAGCAACAUUCCUAUCUGCUAGACAGACAAAUAAAUAGUUUUUCAAGCGUAACAACAAUAGACCGGCCACUUUUAAAAUAAACCUACUCGAAAAACAAACUAGUCUGCAGUCCAGAAGAAAAGAAGUUUUUGCAAGGGAUCAACUUAUUAGUAAACAUUAUUGUCACAAGUUAUUCUACAACAACAGGCACUUAUGCCUUCACCACCGUCUACUCCUACACGUUCUAUACGCACAACACCCGCCUUUCCACCAGCUCCCAAACUAGCUAGAGCUAAAUUAAAAUCAGCCUCAUUAGAUCAUGAAAUAUUUCUUACAUCGAAUCGUAAGCUGCGACCUUUACAAGCAAGUUCCUCAUUAGAAUGGCAUCAAAAUCAACAUCCACUACUACAGCAUCAGAACUCUAUAGCUCAUACUAUACCACGCACUGGAUCCACCUCGUCUUUAGCCAGUAGUAUACAAUUUCCCUCCUCAUUAGCGGCAGCAAAUAAUUAUCAAGAUUUUAAACUCGAUAUCAUUAAUCAGGGAAAAUGCCUUUGUGGUCAAUAUAUAAGGGCUCGACUAAGAAGAGCGGGAGUUUUAAAUCGUAAAGCCAUACAAAGGUUACGUUGCAUAUUAGAACCCUCAUCCGAAGUAGUGUACGAAGUAUUUCCAGCACUAAACAGUAUGGGCGAAGAACUGGAACGAAUGCAUCCACGUGUCUACACAAAUGUUUCGCGACAAUUAUCGCGAGCACCCUAUGGCGAGUUGGUGGAUAGUGAUACGGCACCUAUGCUCUUAAAUCUUGUAGCGAAAGAGUUAUUUUCACGUAAUCACGAUAAGGAGCGUAUAACGUGGGCAAAAAUAAUUUCAGUAUUUGCUGUUUGCGGUGGUUUCGCCAUUGACUGUGUGCGUCAGGGUCACUAUGAUUAUUUGCAAUUUUUAAUUGACGGUGUAGGUGAUAUUAUAGAAGACGAUUUGGUUCAGUGGCUGGCAGAGCGUGGUGGUUGGUUGGGUUUGCAACAGCACAUCCGACCUAAAGGGUCACAACAUUUUAGUUUUUUAGAUUGGUUAACGUUAUUUGUAACGAUAUCGGCUAGUCUUUAUGUUAUAGCGAAUUUUAUUAAACAUCUCGGUUGUCAUUGUUAUUCGUUGUUAUUUUGAACAAGAGUUUUUUUUAUUGAAAUAUAAAUUCUUUGAAUUACAUAUUUUUAUAGCAAAACGAACGAAAAAUAUUAAAAUUAUGGAAAUUUGUUAAGAAAAAUGUUUUGUUAAUCUUUAAAUUAUUAUGUUUUUAUUGUAAUUAAAAUUUGUUAAAAUUAUAUGUUGGUUUUGUUGUUUUUUCUUAAUCCAAUUUUAUUGAUUAGUUAUUUCUGUCAAAAGAAAUAAAUAAAAUAAUACGAUAUUA